GGGCAAGGGAAAUUCUACUCCAGCCUCGAGCUUCAUCUCUCAGCCCGCAGCAUGCUGCUCGGCAGAAUGGCCACGGAGGAGCGGCACCUCUCCUCCAGCUGUGGGUCCUUCAUCAAGACCGAGCCCUCCAGCCCAUCUUCUGGCAUCGACGCCAUCAGCCACCACAGCCCAAGCGGCUCCUCCGAUGCUAGCGGUGGCUACGGCAUUGCCAUGGGUGGCCACCCCAAUGGCCUAGACUCACCACCCAUGUUCAAUGGCACAGGGAUUGGCAGUGGGUCCUGCCGUAAGCGUUACGACGACUGCGCCAGUGCCAUCAUGGAGGACUCACCCACCAAGUGCGAGUACAUGCUCAAUGCAAUCCCCAAGCGGCUGUGCCUGGUGUGCGGGGACAUUGCUUCUGGGUACCACUACGGCGUGGCUUCCUGUGAGGCGUGCAAAGCCUUCUUCAAGAGGACUAUUCAAGGGAAUAUUGAAUACAGCUGCCCGGCCACCAAUGAAUGUGAGAUCACGAAACGGAGGCGCAAGUCCUGUCAGGCCUGUCGCUUCAUGAAAUGCCUCAAAGUGGGGAUGCUAAAAGAAGGUGUUCGUCUGGAUCGAGUCCGUGGAGGCCGUCAGAAAUACAAGAGGAGACUGGAUUCUGAGAGUAGCACUUACCUGAGCCUACAGAUCCCUCCCCCAGCUAAAAAGCCACUGACUAAGAUCGUCUCCCACUUGCUGGUGGCUGAGCCAGAGAAGAUUUAUGCCAUGCCUGAUCCAACCAUGCCAGAGAGUGACAUCAAAGCCCUGACAACCCUCUGUGACCUGGCAGACAGGGAACUGGUGGUGAUCAUUGGCUGGGCAAAGCACAUCCCAGGGUUCUCCAACCUCUCACUUGGGGACCAGAUGAGCCUCCUGCAGAGCGCCUGGAUGGAAAUCCUCAUCCUGGGCAUUGUGUACCGCUCCCUGCCAUAUGAGGACAAGCUUGUCUAUGCUGAGGACUACAUCAUGGAUGAAGAGCACUCUCGUCUGACGGGGCUGCUGGAGCUCUACCUGGCCAUCCUACAACUGGUGCGCCGCUACAAGAAGCUCAAGGUGGAAAAGGAGGAGUUUGUCACGCUCAAAGCUCUGGCCCUUGCCAACUCAGACUCCAUGCACAUAGAGGACAUGGAUGCAGUGCAGAAACUCCAGGACCUUCUCCAUGAAGCCCUGCAGGACUACGAGCUGAGUCAGCGCAACGAGGAGCCCCGGCGAGCAGGCAAGCUGCUCCUGACCUUGCCCCUCCUGCGGCAGACAGCCGCCAAAGCUGUGCAGCACUUCUACAGCAUCAAACUGCAGGGCAAGGUUCCCAUGCAUAAACUCUUCCUAGAAAUGCUAGAGGCAAAGGUCUGACAGCCCCAGCGCCAGCCGACAGUGGCCGGGGAACAAACUAGAAACAAAGAUGCAGGCAACGGAGCAAUCCAAACAGCAGCAGCAGCCACCGCCGGCUUUUAUCUCCAAUCAUUUAUUAUGGAAGAAUUAUUUAAUGUCUAUCUGCCGGCGUGACUGCAGAAUCUCGUGUACAGGAGGGGGGAAACUCUUUUAAUCAGUCACCUGUUUCUCUUUUUUUUGUUUGUUUUUCUCUGUGGGAAAUACCAGAAUAUGCUCUUGCACUUGUUGAGGCGGUCAUCAGGGCCCAGCCCCUCUGAGCAGUGAUGCUCUCAGCGCUGUCCAAGCCGCCUGCUCCCCAGCUUCCUCCGCCAGCGCUGGAGGGGGAGUGGGGACAGAAGCAGGAAGAGAGAAAGAAUAGAGUCAAUGUAAACUUCAUCUGCUGGUGUUGUGAGGGGUCAGAUAAAAAGGGAAGCAGCCAGGGUCCUUCUUUUUGUCACCUUUCCAGCUCUAACCAUAGAGCAGAUGCUCCUUUGGAGAACAGUGCUGCUGGACCUCUCCUGGUCAAAACGGCUGCCUCUCAGGCUCCUCUAGCGACAGCUAACACUUGUACAUACAGGCCCCACUUCUUACCGGGAAAGAUGCUCCUAACUGUGUAAGAUAUUCUGCGACCUUGUACAGUGUGUCAUUACGCCUGGCUAGUCCCUCCCGUGUACAAUCCCCGCAGGCCCCUGAAGAGGUAGGAUGUAUGACCCUGAGAGAAUGCAAGUCGUCUUUCCCAGAUGGCAAGGAAAAGAGAAAAGAGCCCAAUGUUAUGUUUCAGUGCUGGGUUGACUGACUUGAUAAUCUCUGCAUCCUCUCCUCUGUGGUGCUAACUACAAUUUUUCCACACUUUUCACCCUGUAGUGUAUCAAACCUGCCUCUUCAGCUCAGCCGAGUGCCAUUCCCCACUUGUUCCUUGUGGCAGAGAACACAAGGCUUUGUCUGCAUGGUUACUGCCCAACUAUAAAUACACCCCAAACCCGGGCUUUCCUAGACUUCAUUAAAGUGAUAGCUCUUUGCCUCCACAAGAGACUUAGGCUUAUUGCCAAAUGCUAGUUAGGAAUCAAGGGCACUGCUUUUCAGAGGAGGCAGCUCUUGAGCCUGAGAGAUUGCUUUUUGUGGCAGCCUAGGGAAAUAAAUUAGAGGGUGGCAUGAAACCCCCCAUAUCUCAACUACUGUCUUCCCCUGCCUCAUCCCAUUAUCCUCAACAGCAGCAAAAGAGCUAGCAUAUGUUAUACCUGGGCCUGGUAAGAGGUUCCCUCGCUGAUGGGAAAGCAAAUACCUGACCCUGAGGUGGUGGGAGAAGUGGGGGAAUGAUUAUUUAUUUACUCCUCUCAUGUAACCAGGUUCCUGCUGUCUCCAAGCCCUGGUUUAGAUCUGCUGCCUAAGCCACAACUGCUGCAUUCCCAGUAGCCAGAGGGGAAUGUGGGUGACUGACAAAACUGGCUGUUGGGAUUCCCUGAGAUUUUAUGUUCCAAGUCACUUAGUUUUGAGCCAGCCUGAGCUGAUGAAACCUGAAUGUAUUGUCCAUUUUGUGGUCAGCGGCAUGGCAGUAGAGGUGAGGAAAAGCUCCUGAUCUACAGUUGAGACACCACUAGCUGUGCUCUGCCUCUGUUCCUGUCAAGCUUCCAUCCCUUCCUGGCUAGCCCAACAGAAAGGUGUUGUGGCAGAGGAGUAACUUGCCUGCAGCAGGAAGCCUGCCAAAUUGGGUUGAGGUAUGUGACCAGGGAGACACUGGGUGCUUGUUUGCUGCUGGAGCAGGAUGUGUCCCAGCAGAGCUGUCCAUGCUGCAGAACAUGACCCAGGCAAGCUCAGGGGCUGAGGGUGCUAGCUCACACUGACCCCUCAGCUCUUGUAGCCAGCCUGCUCCCAGUACUUGAGUUAGUUCAGUUCCAUCUCCUUUGAGUUUUCCCUCCACUACCCAGCCGUAGCUACUCUCACCCAUUUUGUACCCACUUCAUAAGGGAAUUCAGUCUUGCUUUCAGGCAUGUUAGUAAACCAACAGAGACCUAAGGGGCAGAAGGCCCAUGGGAGCUGGGACUGCUUCCAUGCUUGCAGCGGUAGCGAUUACACAGUGGCCUUGUGCUUUGAACAGAUAUUUGUGCUUCUCUCCCCAGCUGCCUCUGGGAGGGAACAUGAGAAGCUUUUGGUUGCACUCAUGAUCCCUGUACCCAUCUGUGACUAAGAGGGACCAAACUGAAAUGCAUGGUGCCACUAUAGAGCCAGCUUGCCAUGUGCUGCACCCUGGCAACUCUUUCUGGCUGUGGCAUAAAUGCUUACACAAAUGUGCUGGGUUGUGCUAUCGCCUGUAAGUUUGACUCACUUGAUCACCGUUGCUUUCCUGCCGAGUCCCACCCAGCUCAGCAGCAGCACAUUGCGUCCUGAUCUGCUGUGCACAGGCAGCCGUCCCAAAAGGCGCUGAAAAGAUCCUACGAAGCGAUUCUUACUCUGUUGGGCCCUGACUGGAAAGGUCACUUACAAAAGGGGGGGGAAAAAAAAGGCUUUCCAGAAGAGGGUGGGAGAACUCUACAAAACAUGAUUAUGGAGAGCUGCUGAGUUAGCUUCUAGCCCACAGAGGCUGCUGGCUAUUUAGAGUAGGGCUAUGGCAUGGAGGCAACUCCUGCCCUGGCAGAAGAAUAUAAAGAUACCAAAUGCAUUUUUUACCCAGGACCUUCUUUCUCCAUUACAGCUGCAUAACUUCAGAGCCCAUCUGGAUAUCCCCCACUGCUUGAAGAUAAUAUGCCUGGAAAUGUUUGCAUUGCUUCUGAAAUAGGAUGGGAACUGAACCAGACAGUAAUUAGCAUAUAUUAAUCUCUUUAAGCAA